AUGUGCGACAACACGCAAUUCCUCACAGACAGAGAAAUCGCAGACUUCGUGUCAGCUCUCGACAAGGACCAAGAUGGCUGUAUAUCGUACAGUGAGAUUGAGAAGGGCCUCGAUGACGCUUACAAGGAACUGGCACCACAGGCAAAGUCGCAUCAGCUUCAUCAUGAGGAAAGGGAGAAGGAGCGACACGAAUUUCUGCGUGGCUUGAUGCCUUCGGAGAAGAAUAGGAUUCCGAGCGACGACUUCAGAAAUACAGUCAAGACAUGGCAGAUUCCUUCCAUGGAACAGGAUAAGCAGGCCGCGAAGGACGAGGACGACUUCAUGCAGAAUUUGCCACUCGGUCGGAAACUCCGAGCCUAUUGGGAGGUACAUGGGCCAACGUACGCGUUCAUGGGAGUCGUCGUGGCUCUACAGAUCGGCUUCGGUGUCUGGCAAUGCUACAAGUAUGCAGCGGGCCCGCAAUAUCAGGCUGCAUUUGGCUGGGGUGUUGGAUUUGCGAAGCAUGCGCCGGAGCGUUGUACCCAACCCUAUUCUUCCUCGUGUUGA